UCUCUUAAUAAAAUAAAAGAUAUUAAAAUAACUAUCGCGCUAACAAUUGAGAGAAGAAGAAGAAGAAGAGGGCGACCUUCGGGCGGCAAUUUAUUAUCAGCGAGUAUAACCGAGGCUCGAGAGGCGAAACGGAUGAUUUUUGGUUGCACAGACAAUACGUCGUAAAUGAACGAAAUUACACGCGACGCGUCAUUAAAAACAGAAAACGUCUUUGAAAGGCCGUGACUGACGAGGCCGAGAAGAGGAGCACAAGUCCGUACUCGGGUUAGGGUACAUAAAGAAAUCGCGGCGGAUAGGAUUGCUCUCGUCUGACAAACGUCAUCGCGGCCUCCACAACCGAUCCGAAUCCGAUAUACGAUGGGAGCUCUCAGUCUCGCUCUUCCCUUGACGGUUUUCGUCUAUCUGUUGCCAUCGGAGACGAACAAUGCUGAUCUCGGGAAAGUGGCCACGGCGAUAACCGAUCAAUUGAACAAUCUCGUCGGCAACGUUGCGAAAGAAAUCGACAAGGACGAGAUCGAAUUCGAGCUUCUGAACGAUUCGCCGGAAAACCCGGUGGAAAUUAGACCUGUGGCAACGAGAGACGUAGCAUCGAAACCGAACGUUGGUUUCCAGUUGAAGGGAAAAAUGAAGAAGCACGGUGACACGACGCUUCAGCUCGAUACUCAAGCCAAGUGGUUGAAUCGCGACGACGUUUCGGACGAACGUAGAAAUUUGAAGGAAAUUUUAUCGAAGGAGGAACUGGUCAAGAAUCUCAAAGUCGCGCUUGCGGAAGCGAACGAAAAGAACGCGGCCGCCUUUCGGAUAUACGUGCCCGAUAUAAAGAGCCCGUCGACCAGGAGGAAGGUCGCGGGAUUGGACGGGAACGACAACUUCGACUACGGCCGCGCGAAGGGGAAUUACGUUCUGCUUUGCAGAAAACCGGCCGAGGACGGUUCGAUGCAGAAGCUGCGCGGCAAGGACUGCGUGAAGCUGCUGAGGAACGAGCUUUAUCUCGAGCACAGCCUGAAGAAUCGUAAGGACGGCACGACCAGUCUCAUGGGGCUGAAGAUCGGAUCGAGGACCAACAGCGUGAAGGACUCCGAGAGCGACGAGAUCAAGUAAAAAAAAAACGAUUUCGAGAUCGACGACGCAGUUCGAGCUACAUAUUGAUAUUCAUGUGUGUCCGCAAAGAGAGAAAAUACUAAUAAUAUUAAUUGCAUGUGUUUCUUUUUGUUUUGUUUUG